ACCCCUCAAGAAGUAUAUCUAGAUAAGCGUUCGUGGUCACACUGGCAAACCCAAAAAAAUUAAAAUUUAAGAGUUCUGUGUGAAUCGCUUAAAGCCAUAAAGCCGCCGAAAUAGCGUAAAACCAGACGAACUCUUGAACAGCUCGACCAGUAGGUGACUGUUUUUCCAAUUGUUUUUGCCACGGAGAGCAAAAUGAGCCGGCCAUAAGAGCAGAGCAGCCAUUAAACCAACACGUAAUCCCCCAGAGAAACGGAAGCCGAGCACACCCAGAGAAAUCCUUCAGCUGCCAGUUAAAGAACAGAAAACUCGAGGUAAACUGUAAACACGAGUGUGGAGAAUGGUCAGAAAGCAAGUUGGAAUCGAACACAGUGCAUCCUUAGCAGUAAGCAAGCAGCAGGAUCAAAAGGAGCAUAAGGACUAUAAGCCAGAGGAUCAGAAGCAACAGCACAUCGACAUCGACUUGACGCCCGAUCCGGCCAGUAACUUCAACUUCGCCCAGCAGGCGCAGGCCAACUACUCCGCCCGCACGCUAGCCGCCAGCUAUGAGCACGGCCAGAAUCUCGGCCUGCAGCAUGCCCAUCUUGCCAACGCCACCACCAACACGCCCUUGCCCUAUGAUCUGCACGAGGUCGCCAGCUCCGGCUCCAUCCUGCCCACCGAGAUCCCCAUCGAGGACGAGGAGCGGCUGGAGCGCAUCUUCAACAAGCUGGACCGCGACGGCGAUGGCAGGAUCGACAUCCACGACCUGUCGGCGGCACUGCACGAGUUCGGAUUGUCGAGCGUUUACGCGGAGAAAUUCCUCCAGCAGUCGGACAAGGAUCAGAGCGGCAACGUGGGCUUCGCCGAGUUCCUGCAUUACGUGCGGGAGCAUGAGAAGAACCUGGUCCUGCAGUUCUCGCACCUAGAUAAGAACCGUGAUGGCAAAGUGGACUUGGAGGAGCUGAUAUCGGCGUUCAAGGACCUGGGCCUGGACAUUGACUUGGACGAGGCCAGGAAUCUGCUCACCAGAAUGGACAAGGACGGCAGCCUGAACAUUAGCUUUAACGAGUGGCGGGACUUCAUGCUCUUGGCGCCCUCAACGGACAUACACGACUUGAUUAAAUUUUGGCGGCACUCUACUUACCUCGACAUUGGCGAGGAUAUGAACGUACCUGAUGACUUCACACAGAAAGAGAUGCAGACGGGCCUCUGGUGGCGACACUUGGUGGCCGGUGGCAUAGCUGGAGCAGUUUCCCGGACGUGCACAGCGCCGCUGGACAGGAUUAAAGUGUACUUGCAGGUACAAACACAAAGAAUGGGAAUCUCAGAGUGCAUGCACAUCAUGCUGAACGAGGGCGGAUCGCGGAGCAUGUGGCGAGGCAAUGGCAUCAAUGUGUUGAAGAUUGCCCCCGAAACAGCUUUCAAGUUUGCUGCCUACGAACAGAUGAAGCGACUGAUCCGCGGAGACGAUGGCAGCCGCCAGAUGAGCAUCGUGGAGCGUUUCUACGCGGGCGCUGCGGCAGGCGGCAUUUCACAGACCAUCAUCUACCCCAUGGAAGUAUUAAAGACGCGCCUGGCGCUCCGGAAAACGGGGCAGUACGCGGGCAUUGCCGAUGCGGCGGUCAAAAUCUACAAGCAGGAGGGAGUGCGCAGCUUCUACCGUGGCUAUGUACCGAACAUUCUGGGUAUCCUGCCUUAUGCCGGCAUCGAUUUGGCGGUAUACGAAACCCUCAAGAGGCGGUACAUUGCCAACCACGACAACAACGAGCAGCCCAGCUUCCUGGUGCUCCUGGCGUGCGGCAGUACAUCGAGCACACUCGGACAGCUCUGCUCCUACCCGUUGGCCCUGGUGCGCACUCGGCUACAGGCACAAGCCGCCGAAACAAUUGCCAAUCAAAAGCGGAAAACGCAAAUACCCCUGAAGAGCAGCGACGCGCACAGUGGCGAGGAGACGAUGACGGGCCUGUUCCGCAAGAUCGUCCGACAGGAGGGUCUGACGGGGCUGUACCGCGGCAUCACGCCAAACUUCCUCAAGGUCCUGCCGGCAGUGUCCAUCAGCUACGUGGUGUACGAGUAUACGAGUCGCGCCCUGGGCAUUAAGAUGUCGUGAGAUGUCUGUCCCAAUCUCGCACCUAUCAGGUUAACUCGGCUCGGCCCGGCCACCCGUCUGCGGUCCCGCUCUGCAGGGCGGAUCGGGCUGCGGCCGGGAGUGCGGCUGGUGAUCCGGCUGACGCUGUGCUCCAUUUUGUAUAGUAGUAGCGUUAGGUUAAGUCGGCUCGGUCGCCACUCGCUCUCUGCUGCAAUGAGACAGUCUCGUGCUGCUUUCCUUAAGUGUAAAACAGGCCUCUUCCACGUACGUUCUGGGUUAUCCGUUUUAAGUUUUUAUAGUUGAAUUAGUUUGGUUAUUUUCUUAAAAUAUAAAAUAAGUGAUACUAUGGCUAAUUUAUUUAUAAACUAAACGCAAACGCAAACGAGAAAAUGCAACAUUUUGGCGCGUGACGGACGCGAGCUAAUCCCAAACAAAAACAUUUCUUAGGCUAUCCUGCGACCUACAAGUAGGUUUAGGCCACUCUAUCUCUUAAGCGCUAAUUUAUUUACAAUUGUACGUAGGCUACCCUUGCUGAGGGCAAUCGCCCUCAGUGAACUGCUAAAAAAAAAAACAAACACACAUACCAAAAACGAAACCGGCUUCGAAAAGUUUCACGGGUGUUUAGUUCGUCCCAUCCGACUGCUUUUGAAAGCGAAUUAGCUUAGCGUAAAUCAGAGUGAGCAGAGUGAAGCAGGCUGAUUGAUAAUCAGAUAUCUGAACAAUCGAGGGAUAGACUCGGAUGGACUUGGCAGCGUUUAAGCUUAAACACAAAAGACAUUAAAACUACGAUGUACUCGUUUUUGCUUAGAUUAAUGGAUUACACAAAAUAAUGAGAAACACUUAACGUUUACAAUGUGAUGAUAAUAGUUUAUAAUAUACACAUAUACAUAUACAUAUACCUACUAAAAUACCGACUUGUAAGCUUCAAAUAGCUGUCGCAGUCUUGAGCAAGUUCGGCGGCGAGGCUGAAAAUUUUUUAGCAUUUUAUUUGUUAAGUUUAGUAACACUUUCUCUUAGAUCGUAUUGCAAUUGAAGCCAACGAGAUUAAUUGUGACUAAAGCUAACAAACAAAAACCAACACAAUACCCAUACACACCAUGUAAUUUAUUUGAUAUAUCAUGUGAAUCUGAACCCGAUCGCAAAACCGACCAAUCUUAAGUUCAAUCCUAUUUUAUAUACACUGUAAUGGUUCUGAAUUUAAAAGUAUAUGUAUAAUUUGUACCUUACUCUUAACUAGCCAAAUUGAAUUUUGUACGACUGUAGUGAAAGUAAUGACUUUUUAAAUAUGAUUUAUCACUAUCCCAAACAAAAGCAUUUUAAUGAAGUCGAACACCUUUGCAUCAUUUAACCCAUUUAAUUAGACUUGAUCAUUGAAAAUCACGCAAUCAUUAUUCGAGUAAAUAAAUACAAAGAGUAAAAUGAAAUCAAA